UCGUCAUGGUUGGUUGAUACUCAGUGUCAUGGUUGAUAUUCAAUUCCAACUUCCAAACCACGAUUUGAGACUUCUUCUUAUAUCAUAAUUGAUUUUCCUUCUCCCUGACGAAGCAAUUUGGCUUGGAAAUGAAGAGCACUCAAAUCCCAAUUUAUGCGAACCUCGUAGUUCUUGGAUGAAAGUGAAGUUUCAGAUAACAUUUUGAAGACCCAGAAAGGAAUUUCGAAAGAGAAAUGUUGGGUACGAGGCUGUUUGCGGCUGCGAUUAGUGUGUACAGAAAAUUCAGCACUGUAAGUAGUGGCAAAAUCACAUAUGGGUCUCCCAAAAAGAAAAAAUACAAAACUAGUAAAAAGAAUUAUGGCAGACCCAAAUGGACUGACCAACAAGAAGAGAUUAUAGAUGCCGUUAAAGGGCAUCAAUCGGUGUUCAUCACUGGCUCAGCUGGGACUGGAAAGACAUUCUUGCUUAAGCAUAUUAUUAAGCUUUUGAGAAAGCAGUAUAAGCCAUCACAGGUUUUUGUCACUGGCCCUACUGGUGUUGCUGCCUGUGCUGUUAGAGGACAGACCCUUCAUUCUUUUGCAGGUAUUGGGGGCCAAACGAGUGAUAGAGAAGCUAUGCUUGAGAGGGUCUCAUCAAAUAAAAAGGCUCGUUCAAGGUUUAGGACAGCUAAGGCAUUGGUUAUAGACGAGAUUAGCAUGGUUAGUGCACAACUGUUUGAGAAUCUUGAAUUCAUUGCUCGAAAAAUUCGUGGGGAGGAUUCGAGUUGGGGAGGAAUCCAGGUUGUAGCUAGUGGUGAUUUCUUUCAGCUUCCACCAGUUAAAAUCAAAGGGUAUCUUAAUAGUUCAUGUGAUGAUGAUGAUAAAGAAUUUGCUUUUGAAGCAGAUUGCUGGAACUCAAGCUUUGCCUUACAAGUUGAACUUAAGAAGGUUUAUAGGCAAUCGGACCCUCAGUUCAUCAAGUUCCUUCAGAGUAUAAGGAAAGGUGAGUUUGGUCGAGAAGAGUCAGAGUACUUAAACCAGUUGCAAUCUUCGACCGCGACGGAUUCUUCAGCAGUGAAGAUCUAUCCGAGGAAUGAAGAUGUGAAGAGAGUGAAUGAAGAGAAGAUGAAAAGUUUGGGUAAUGAAACUUUUGUUUUUAGAGCCAUUGAUAGUGGUAGUGGCAGUGGCAGCAACCAUUGCAGGGGACAACUUAAUUGGGCAGCCCCUUGUGAGCUUGCUUUGUGUUUGGAUGCCAGGGUAAUGCUGACCAUGAAUUUAAGUGUUUGGCGUAAACUGGUGAAUGGUGCCACUGGUAAGAUUGUGGGAUUUUCAAGGAUUGAUGGUGUGGAUGAUGAUGAACAUGCCAAUGAUGAUGAGGAUGAGGAUGAAGAUGUGGGUACUGACCCGGAUACUGAGGAUGAAGAUAUUGCUACAAUAUGUCCGCAUGGGCUGCUACCGAUAGUGAAGUUCAACUCAGGGACAACCAUGGUGAUUAAACCAGCAACAUGGUCAGUUAAAGAUGGAGAUGAUAUUGUUGCAGAGAGAAAGCAGCUGCCCCUCACUUUGGCAUGGGCUUUAAGCAUUCACAAGUGCCAAGGGAUGACUCUUGACUGCAUUGAGACCGAUUUGUCUAAAGUUUUUGAGUAUGGAAUGCAUUAUGUAGUCAUGUCCCGUGUAAAAGGCUCGGACGGACUUCACAUAACUGGUUUGGAUCCCACCCGGAUUAAGGCACAUCCUAAGGUAGUGCGCUUCUAUGAGAAGCUUGCUGGUGAAAAGGAUGAGAAACCAGAGGAAGAUAGCACAUGCCUUGUCACAUAAAUCGACCAUUCAAACACCAAAAUUCCACUUUUCUCUCUGAGUUUCUACAGAACAGGCCAUAGAACACUUUCAUUUUUUUUGUAAAUACUACUUAUUGUUUGCCUUUUUCAAAUCACUAGAUACGGAAUUAAAGAUUUUCUUUGUUUCUUUCAA